AGCAGUAGCAGCCGCCGCCGCCCCGUGACGCCUGCUGAGCCCCGUGGCUCGCCGCGCCAUGACCGUCGUCUCCGUGCCACAGCGAGAGCUCGCUCUGGGCGGCCGCCUAGCGCCGCUCGGCUUCCUCGGGGCCCUCCCGGUAGUGAGCGCGGCCCCGCCGCCCUUGCCGCGCCUUCCGGACCCUCGCGCGCUGCCACCCACCCUUUUCCUGCCGCACUUCCUCGGGGGGGACGGGCCGUGCCUGGCGCCCGUGCCUCGGAGCGCUGCGCCCUCCGGCUGCAGCGUGGCCCCGGCGGCUGCCCCGCGGGCGGCGCCCAAGAAACGGCGGAAGAAGAAGGUGCGGGCCAGCCCGGCCGGGCAGCUCCCCAGCCGCUUCCACCAGUUCCAGCAGCACCGGCCGAGCCUGGAGGGUGGCCGCAGCCCGGCGCCGGGGCCGAGCGCGGCGCAGGAGGAGCAGGGCCCCGCGGCCACAGCCCUGUUACACGGACAACCCCCUCUCGUGAAGGAGGUUUUUAAAUCAAAGAUGGGAAAAUCGGAGAAAAUUGUUCUUGCCCACGGCCAGCUUAUGCAUGGUGUACACUUGUGUGAACAACCAAAGAUAAACAGACAGAAAAGCAAAUGCAACUUGCCACUAACCAAGAUCACCUCUGCAAACAGGAAUGAAAAUGACUUUUGGCAAGAUUCUGCUUCCCCUGAUAGAAUGCAGAAGCAGGGAAAAAAGCCUUUUAAAAAUACUGAGAACAUUAAAAGCAACCAUUUGAAGAAAUCAGCAUUUUUAACGGAAGUGAGCCAAAAGGAAAAUUACGCUGGAGCAAAGUUUAGCGAUCCACCUUCCCCUAGUGUCCUCCCGAAGCCUCCGAGUCACUGGAUGGGAAGCCCUGCGGAAAACCCCAGCCAGAACAGGGAGCUGAUGGCAGUGCACUUGAAAACGCUCCUCAAAGUUCAGACUUAGAGUUUAGUUUUUAAUAUGUAUGUUAAAACAUAGAUUGUUUUCAAAUCCUUGGACUCUAGAGGAAAUGGAU